AUGGGCUCUCCUGCAACAGUUAGAUUUAAUGAGCCUCCGGUUACUCAAUAUGACUCAAUGGAUGUGGAUGACUCAACUGAGUUCCAGAUAUCAACAGAUCAAUUAUACCUUGGGCCGGAUGAUGACACAGACUCAUAUCCUGUGUCAUCCAGUGGUCCGGAUGUCUUGUCUUUCAUCCCCGAUCAAUCACCUCCGGGUCACGCUGAUCAACCAGGUCUCCCCAUUUACCCGGACCUGUACCUCAGGCCUGAGGAUAAUCUCAUGCCUGAAAUUCCCACACAGUCGGAUGUCACAAAUGCAGAUUUGCUUUCCAUGGUUCUGGAGUUCUGGCCAUUUGGAUCUUACCAUCACACAGGAUUGCAAUCAAUUCAAGAUCGGCUCGAUGAUUACAGACACCAACAUGGAAAUCUUCCUGACCCAUACAUACAACAACUACUCGAGGCUGAGAGACCAUUCUGA